AUGUCGGAGCAAUCAACCCGCGAAACGAGCUUUAACAGAAGCUUCAACACCGAGUUCAACACCGGCACAAGCGACGCAGCAUUCAGCGAUGACGAAGACACAAUUGAGUCGGAUCUGCGACUUUCUAGAAGGGAAAAAAUGACGGAUGUAGACGACGCGGACCUUGCAAACGGAAUAAAGUCGGUCAUCAAAUUCAAGUGUUACACACUCCAGGACUUUGAAAUGACGACGUUGAACCACUCCGAGUUCCACCACUUGCGAGAGUUUUUCAGCACCCCACGACCGCGCGCCAAAGGAAUCAACCGAGUGCGCAAUCCUCAGACAAUCGCCAAGAGUCGUGAACGAAUUUGCGGGUUUCUCGGCUGGCUGAAGCAAUCGGGACGCGUAAAGCAACCAUCGUUUAAAGACUUUCACGACUUGGACCUUUUCUUGGACAAGUAUGUAGAAGGAUAUCUCGUAGGAAUUCGCGGGCUGUCACACGGCUCCGUCGCAAACGCCAUCACAGCUGCGAUAGAUGUGCACAAAUUUCUAGAGUCGGAAUCGUCUACAAGACUGCCGGGAACAAAAAAGUCGAUGAGCAUCACACGUCUUCAAAGCUACCGAAACAGAAAGCAGACUCUUGCAGAGCGAGAGCGUCAAGCCACUGUAGAUGAGGAUGGAUCGACAAUUUUAUGGGAGCAAUUUCUAGAAGCGAUUCGCUGCCAGAAAAAAGUGGUCGACAGCCUGCUAGUUGACGCACAGGACAGCCGGCUUCCGGCGCAAGUGCAAAAAUACUUGGCGCUCGCUUUCUACGCGGCAAUUCCACCCUCCAGAAGCAAAGAGAUUCGACUUCUUUUGGACCGAAUCCUUACCGAGUCAGAAAGUCGAACCUCGCUACAAAAUCACAUCACCCUUGUUCAGGGGCGCCAUGUGAUUGUUGUAAGCGACUACAAAAACAGUCUUUAUAAUGGGACAAGAGACGCCAUCGAACUCCCUGACGAUUCAAGCAUAAUUUUAAAGUAUCUUACAUACUUUCUCCAGCCGAUAGUUCGUGCGCAAGUUACGUCGGGGAAAAAACACGGCUAUCUUUUCUGCAAAAACAACGGUGACGCAUUCGACAGCGCGGGCGAAUGGUCGGUGUAUCUCGCCAGGAUUGUCGAAAAGCACAUCGGAAUCGCCAACAUUUCCAGUAACGCCUUGCGCCAUUCUUUCACGACGUAUAUGGAGUCUGCAGUGGAAAGUGACCAUGUUCGGCUACGCGAGAGCACCGCGUACGCAAUGCGCCAUAACAUCAGGAUCCAGCAACACACAUACAACAACACCCCGUCUAUAGAACGCAAAAGAAAAGCGGUCGACUUUGCUAGUCGCGUGUUCAAGCGCAUAGUGCUGGAAGAUUCGGCAACAGAAGCGGACUCCGACAACGGCGCACCACCCCUUGGAGCACUUGUAGGAACGAAACUGCUAAAUGGACGACCUGGAUUUGGAAAAGUAGUGCGUAUCGAGAACGCCGACGCCAUCAUAAUGCUAUUAACGCCGCGCCAGACCGAAGGGGCAACUUUGAGCGAAUAUGUCGCUGACAUCGGAAGUCUAUUACGACGCAACAUAGCUAGGGAGAUUCUUUAUCCUAUUGAUGGUGUUUAUACUAGAGAGCAAGGGGUGUAUGAGGUCUUUACGUCUUUAGAAGAUGUGAAAAGGAUGUUGGUACGGUAG